CUCUUUAGGGGAUCGUCGAGGAAUUCAAGGUACGAGUGAAUUGGUAAAACAGAAUGGAGAAUUAUUUUGAUUUUUUAUAAUCGAAAUUUGAAAUCCUUCGGGAGAAUUUUGUGAUCUUGUUUUUUAAUAAUUAAUGGUUAAUGGAGAGUGGAAUAUUUACUCGGAUUUUUGAAGUUGAAACCAGAGAGAAAUCUCUGACGUUGUAUCAACAACAGGUUGGAGAUGUCAGCUGUGUGGUUUGGGAUGCAGCCCUGGUCCUGGCCAAGUACCUGGAUCAUCUGUGUCAGGUUGAAGGAUUUGGAGAUAAGUGGCUGGAAGAGAAAAAGGUUCUGGAACUUGGGGCAGGCACUGGGUGUGUGGGGAUGACAGCAGCUUGUCUCGGGGCCCACGUGGUGAUGACAGACCUCGAGAGCACAAUGCCGAUCCUUCGGAAGAAUAUCUCAAUGAAUGAGGAACAGUGGAGAGACUCAGGAACUGCCAGAGCCGAAGUUCUCGAUUGGGAAAUCAAUCCAUCCACUCCUGAACACUUUGGAGCACCUCUGCAGGAGCAGUCCCACGACUCUCGCGAUCCUGUGUCAAGAAGAACGAGAUACCCCUGGACAAAUACCGGUCUGGAAAGAAUUCCUGGUGAAUCUAAUGUCGAAGUUUCAUCUCGAAUACAUUCCUUUGGAAAAACAACACCCGAGGUACUCCUGUGAAGACAUUCAUUUAAUUCACUUGAAACCCCUAGACCCCUAGAAUAAAAUGUACUUUAAUUACUAGGUGAGGCCUCAGGUAUUGAACACAAAUUUUUCAAUUUUUAUACCUUUGCUAUAUUUUUUUGUAUCAUCAAAGGAAAUAAAUUAAAUUGAAUAAUCUCUCAAUUUCUUGUGGGACUAGAGAUAAUUCACAAAUUCUUCAUGUGACAUUAUCAUCACAGCAUAAAGACACCAUAGAUGUCAGCAAAGAGCAGCUUGUCCCAUUGCAUGUGG